UUGUUAUUUCUUAAAUUCAUUAGAUUUUCUUAUCCCAUUUGUGUCUCAGGGCGCUAUUGGUUCUCCACUCUCUGGUUCACCUUUUCGCGUGAGCACGGCGUCUUCCUUCCACAUGACCACCACACCGGCAAUGCGAAGGCCAACUUUGCUAACGGUCUACGAUUCUCCAGUAGACUGUUUACCAACCUCUACUCUGCCUGGCGCACCUUGAAGAUGAAUGUGCGCAACCUCACCACUGGGGCUGUGGACACGAAUGUUGCGGUUCUGCCAGCGGCUACUGCUGCCUCGCCCCUCGAUCAGCGCUCCCUCACGUACGAACCGGAUAAGCUGGAGGAUCGAAGCUGUUAC